AUGUUCAUAUUUGAUGAUUUCUUUCCAUUUUUCCCGACGAUCUCUCGAAGCGCAUUCGGGGAUGUUUUCUCAAGUUUCUCCAUUCCCUUUAAUGUUUCAACUUCGACCACUCAGUCUCACUACAUCAUUCACGCCAACGUUGAUGGUAUCCCCUUGUCAGAUAUCUCAGUGAAGGUCAAUGAUGUUGGAACAUUGCUAAUGGUCACUCUGAGGGGAAGACCUUUGGAGGAUAUUAAAGAAGAGGAGUCCGAUGAAGUUAAAGAGGUUGAUUACCAAAGUGAAAAGGAGGAUUCAAGGGUACCUGAGAAUCAUUACGAAAAAUAUGUUUUGAGUGUUAGGUUUCCCAUGGACAGUAUCGAUGUCGAUGGUAUUAGGGCAGAGUUGAAGGACGGGGAGUUGUUAGAGAUCAGGACCACAUACAUAACAGAUUUCCGCAAUCCACAAAUUCUCCUUGACAGUGGUUUGUCAAAGAGCGUUAGAACUGUCUUGGAGAAUUUUAAAAAAUGCACAAAUGAUGGGAUCAACGACGCAAAUAUCCAUAAAAUCGUUAAUGGCAUUUUGGAACAAGCGAAUGAUUUUCAAUCCUUGACCCAGGAUUCAGUUAAUCACUGCAGUUUGAUGGCUUCGUAUGCUACGGACUUUAUAGAAUACAUACAAAUCUUGAUGGAAGAAGAUGUAUUGUGCGCAGAUUUCAUCGAGGCCAUGAAAUCUCAACUUCAAUCCGCCACAUCUAACAGAUUGGGUGCUACCCGUUUGGCACAAGGAUAUUGUGAAGUCUUAACCUCCUUGAAGAAAAUUGCCACAGAACUCGAAGAAUACACAAGUCUGAGGGGGAUCGAAAAGAAAUUGGAACAAGAUGCCGAGAAUUUAAAGAAAGAACAGAAAGCAAAUACUUGGGCUGCAGUAGGCACUGGAAUUACUACGGGUGCGGCUAUAGUUGCCGCUCCGUUCACCGGCGGGGCGUCACUUGCUGUUGUUGGUGCACUGGGACUUACAUCAGCUGGUGCGAUGAUAGGUACUUCCGUGAAUAGCGUUAAAUUCGGGGAGAGAGCGAAAUUAUCUGAGAACGAAUUGCAACAAAUAAGUGAAAUUCGUGUAAACGUUGGAAUCCUGACGACCGAACUCUUAACCAUAAUUGACAAAUUUAGUGAAUUCGACGAAUUUUUUAGGUUGGAGAUACAGGAUAUCACCAAUGUUACAGAGAAAUAUGCAGUAGACGGAGAAAAUCAAAUCCUUCCAACCGUCGUUCCCACCCCAUCCGUCACUCAACAAACUCUCAAUAUAACUGAAUUCAAUAUUCCUCAAAUUCCUUCUACCGAAGGGCUAUUCCAGGACAUUGCAUCGGUGUUGGAUAACUUCGAAGAAUUUUCGAAAGAGGAAAAAGUCGAGGAUACAAAUAUCCAUGCUAUAACCAUUUUGGAGCAGGACCGUAAAUUUAUGUCCUUGAUUAAGGAUUCAAUCGAUUAUUGUGUGCAAAUGGCUGUCUAUGCAACAGAUUUCAUGGAAUAUGUGCAGAUCUUGAUGGAAGAAGAAGUGUUGGCCUCGGAUUUUAUCGAAACUAUGAGACAUCAAGCUCAAACCGCCACAAAAAACCGAUUAAAUGCUACCAGUCUAGUCGAAAGAUGCUGCGACAUGUUGAUCGCAUUGCAAAAUAUCGUAAAUGAAAUGGAGGAUUUUGCCUCUCAAACCGGUAUUGAGAAGGAGUUGGAACAACAUGUCGGUCAGGCAAGGAAAGGACAGAAAGUUCGUACCUUUGCCGCGGUAGGAACCGGGAUCACAACUGGAGUAGCAAUUAUUGCGGCACCGUUUACUGGAGGUUUAUCGCUUGCCAUCAUUGGUGCUUUGGGUCUUACGUCUGCGGGUGCAAUGAUAGGUACAUCUGUGACAAGCGUUAGAUAUGGAGAAUUGGCAAAAGUGUCUGAGAGCGAAUUACGCCAAAUUAAUCAGAUUCGAACAAACAUCAGAAAUGUGAUUCGAGGACUUAGAAGCAUGGUUGAAAAAUUCCAUGGAUUCGAUAAAAUUUUCAGACAAGAGGUAGAGGACAUCACAAAAGCCAUGGAAAAUUACGGAACAGAUGAUAAUGAGGUUGGCCUUAGAAUGUCGAGAAUGAAAGGUACAGCCAUCAGAAACCAGUGGUCACGAGUGAAAUGUACGUUUGAGACGUAUGCGAAUGAGACACAUCUGUUAUUAGGAGAUUACAUCUGA